AUGUCUUUCCUUGGUGGUCGUGGCAAUACACCAGCUGGCUCCGUCAACCCGGAGCGCGUCGAGAUGGCCAUGCAAGAGCUUGACAUGAUUACGGACGUCUUCAACAAGCUCGUCUCGUCAUGUCACACCAAAUGCGUCAGCACACGAUACGCGGAAGGAGACUUGAACAAG